CUUGCUGGCUGCCUGCACUCUACCGUGUCUUCUCUCACGACCACCAUGUCAGACGUUUGCGAGCCGCACCACGACUUGUGGGGAACACUGCUCACUCUAAGCCUCAUAGUUGGUCUCUUCGCGUCCUAUGUCCCGCAGCAUUUCAAGAUAAUAAACAAAGGUUCUUCUGAAGGCUUUAGCCCAUGGUUUCUGCUUCUCGGUGCUACUUCUUCCGCAGCUGGAAUGUUAAACAUGUGGACGAUGCAAUGGAACGUUGUGCGAUGCUGUCGUUAUCUUAGCACGGGUAACUGCAUGGAAUCUUUCGGGGGUAUCAUACAGGUUUCACUGCAGUGGCUCCUUUUCAACGUGAUCCAAAUACUAUACAUUAUAUAUUAUCCACCGCACCUCAAGUAUAAGAUCAUUGACGUCUCAGGGGGUGACAUCCUAGUGAAAACGAACAUGAAGACAUCACAUUGGCGCACAUCAGUCGUAUUGGCUUGUUCUGUUGCAUUACACAUGGUGGUCUGCACGUUUGUGACUUUUGGUCUACUUCUCUCGACAAAGGUAGACCUCCCUGCAAGUCCCGCAAGUGAUCCACGCAUAGCAAGUUGGGCGAAAUUCCUUGGCCUCACAUCUGCUGCACUUGCUGCGAUCCAAUACGUACCGCAGCUCACCCACACGUUUCGACUUAAGCUGGUCGGCGCACUGAGUAUACCCAUGAUGAUCAUCCAAAGCCCUGGUUCGGCACUAAUGGUCAUCUCCAUCGCUAUGAGGCCAGGAACAGACUGGACGAGCUGGAUUAUGUUCGCCGUCUCUGGCGUUAUGCAGGCCAUCCUCUUACUCAUGUGCAUAGCCUGGAAGAUCCGACAACAUCGUCUCAACAUAGACGAUUUCGGUCAUCCUCAUCCUCCUACACCCACAGAAAUCGCUCAAGCCGAAGAACUUCAUGCGGAGGAAGCCGAAGAAGAGUUGGGAGGACAAGCACAAACCGUACCAGACGAAGAGAUUGUUCGCGCGAUGCUGGGAGAAGACACCCCGUUGUUGAAGAAUGGUAGACGACGUGGAAAGAAGCAGAGAUCGACGUCGAGCAUCUUGAAGGGCUUCCUUAGAUAGAUUGAACAUGUAGACUUUUAAGAGGCUAUCCUGGGCUUACUAGUCCCUCUGCAGGUUCCGAGCUUAACGACGUGCCUUUCGUCGAGCUUUCUGUAUUACAUGCUUUCAUUUCUGAUGGGAGAUUUAUACUUAGGUUUAAUACUGAAUACAAUCAGGAUAGUUCAAU